UAUCUCCCUCUAAAACCUCUCUCCCCGGUUUUUUCUCAAUUCAUUUUCGACCAUCUUUCUUUUGUCUGUUGUCUGAGAAGGGGAGAGAGAGAGAGUUAGCAAGAACCCACAAGUAUACAGGGGGGAAGGAAGGAUGCAGAGGCACCCAGAUCAAAGGUCGAGAUCCGCCAAGCUCACCACCAUCCACGGCUUCGCUCAGUCCGGCGACCUUCUUGGCUUCCAGAAGCUGCUUCGGGAAACCCCAUCUCUUCUCAACGAAAAAAAUGCCGUUAUGCAACAAACUCCACUUCAUGUUUCUGCUGGUUACAACAGGGGCGACAUAGUUAAAUUCCUUCUUGAUUGGCAAGGGCCGGGUGAAGUUGAGUUGGAAGCCAAGAACAUGUACGGAGAAACACCAUUGCACAUGGCAGCAAAGAAUGGAUGCAAUGAUGCUGCACGGUUGCUUCUUGUCCAUGGUGCUUUUAUCGAAGCCAAGGCAAAUAAUGGAAUGACACCACUACACCUUGCUGUGUGGUACUCACUUACAGCUGAAGAGUUCUCAACUGUCAAAACAUUACUAGAGUACAAUGCUGAUUGCAGUGCUAAGGACGAUGAGGGCAUGACUCCUAUACAUCACUUAUCUAAGGGCCGUGCAAAUGAAAAGUUGCGGGAACUAUUACAAUGGCACUAUGAAGAGCAGAGGAGAAAAAAAGCAAUUGAAGCAUGCAGUGAAACUAAAGCUAAGAUGGAUGAACUUGAAAGUGAGUUAUCAAAUAUUGUUGGUUUGCAUGAGCUCAAGGUACAACUACGGAAAUGCAAGGGGAUGCUUUUGGAUGAGAGGCGUAAGGCCCUUGGGCUGAAAGUUGGUGUGAGGAGACCGCCUCAUAUGGCUUUUCUUGGAAAUCCUGGAACUGGUAAGACCAUGGUAGCUCGAAUUCUUGGAAGAUUACUCCAUAUGGUAGGAAUUCUACCUACUGAUAAAGUAACAGAAGUACAGAGGACCGAUUUGGUUGGGGAAUUCGUUGGUCACACUGGACCCAAAACUAGGAGGAAGAUUAAAGACGCAGAGGGAGGAAUCCUUUUUGUAGAUGAAGCUUAUCGACUAAUACCCAUGCAGAAGGCAGACGAUAAAGACUAUGGCUUGGAAGCAUUGGAAGAGAUCAUGUCUGUCAUGGAUAGUGGAAAAAUCGUAGUCAUAUUUGCAGGAUAUAGCGAACCAAUGAAACGUGUAAUUGCUUCAAAUGAAGGUUUCUGUCGACGUGUGACCAAGUUUUUCAAUUUUAGUGACUUCACUUCAGAAGACCUAGCAAAGAUCCUCCACAUCAAGAUGCAUAAUCAGACAGAGGAGAGCUUGUUGUAUGGAUUUCAGUUACACUCUUCGUGCAGUAUAGAAGCUGUUGCAGAUCUGAUUCGAAGAGAGACAACAGAAAAGCAGUGCAAGGAGAUGAAUGGAGGUUUAGUGGAUACGAUGUUAGUGAAUGCUAGAGAGAGUUUGGAUCUUAGGCUCGAUUUUGAUUGUAUAGAUACAGAAGAACUUAGAACAAUCACCCUAGAGGAUUUACAAGCAGGCCUUCGGGUUUUGUCACAGUGAGGCAGAUGUGGCGGAAAUUUUGAAAUAAACAAAAGGAAACGAUCAUGUAAUCAUAAGCAUGCAGAGAAAGCUUUGCAGGUGUACCUCAGAUUGAUGUGAAAUAUUCGUUUCUCCAGCUCUCGUUCAAUAUCUACGCGUGGUCACGAUGUUCGGCUGCGGUUUACUGCUGGAGAUAUAGUGGUUUUCAGGAUAUUCAGAAAUUAUUUGAUUCAUUGUUGGCAGGUAUUGGUGUAAUUGACAUUUUCUCUGUGAUGGUAGAAAAUCCGUUGUUAAAAAACUUUCAAAUUUCAAUUGCUUGUUUAAAGUUAAUGAGGAAAGAGAUACAUCUUUCACUUA